AUGAAUGUUUUGUUAUUUUUAUUAAGUAUUGUAUUUCCUGUGAUAUAUGGAGCUCCUUCAGAUUCUUUUAGUAGUAGCUCCACCGGUGUCAUUCAAUUUGAAACGAUUCAAAAUUUUCGACAAGUUGAAAGUGUAAAAGAUCUGGUCAAACGAAGCACAGAAUUUAACGGUACAAUAGAUUUAAAAAACUAUUUAUCUUAUUAUACAAUUGAUUUUAAAGCUGGAACCCCUUUUCAAAAUGUUUCAACUGUUUUGGACACAGGGUCAAGUGAUUUGUGGUUUUACGAUAAAUCUAGUGGGCAUAAUCCAUAUUUUGAUUCAAAAUCAUCUUCAACAUAUUUUUAUAAAGAUUCAACAUUAUUUAUAUCAUACGGGUCAGGUCCUGUAAAAGGAGAUUGGGGAACAGAAGUAUUACAGUUUGGUAAUGCAAUAUUAAAUAACUCUACUAUUGGACUUGUAACACGAGAUUCAUUAAGAGGUGCACCAAUACCAGGAAUUUUGGGAUUAGGAAAAAUCAGUAACGAAGCAACAACUAACAAGUAUGAUAAUGUUCCUGCAAGACUCAAAAAUGAAGGUCAUAUUAAGCGAAACUCUUUUUCAAUCUAUCUCAAUAGCUUAAAUUCUGGGGUUGGAUCUAUUUUAUUUGGAGGUGUUGAUUCCUCAAGAUAUAUAGAACCUCUUUAUGAAAUACCAAUGGCCAAUGAAUCCCAUUUAUCUGUUGAGUUAAGUAGUGUUUCUUUAAAAUUACAUGGUGAAACACAACUUAUCAAUAAUACAAAUUCUCGUGCAGCUCUUUUAGACACAGGAACAUCUUUCACAUACCUUCCUGAUUCAGCAUUUAAUGCGAUUGUAAAAGCCUUGGGGGCAACAUACAACCCCUAUUUUGGUGUUUAUUUUGUAUCUAAUAUUACUGAAAAAACACCCAGUCUAGCUUUUAAUUUUAGUGGCGCCGAAAUUGUUGUUCCCGCAGUUGAAUACAUUCUUCCAGUACGCCUAUUCACUACAGAACCAACGCCAGCUCCUUAUAUUCUCAGUAUUUUUAGAUCCUCAGAAAUUCGAGGUCUUACGAUUUUAGGAGCUAAUUUUCUACGAUCUUCUUAUACCGUUUUUGAUGUUACAGGAAAUAAGAUCGCUCUUGCACAAGCAAAAUAUGAUGUCUCUAGUACAUCUGUUCAACAGAUAAUUUCAGAAAUCCCGGGGGCUACCUCUGCUCCUGCUAUAAAAGUAUUUUAG